AGCUCUUCUUCCGAUCCUCCUCCUCUGUCCUCCACCUCCGGCGGCUCUCCUCUCGCCGGAGGCCAUGGGAGCUCCCUCCGCCACCUCCUUCGAUCGUUUUUCUCUCUAUAUAUAUCUCUUUAUUCCGUCGAUGGUCCAAAUCUUUUCGCCAGCAGCCCCACCCAACGAGCACCGACCUCUAUCGGAGAUCUAGUCUCUCAGCAUUUCCAAACUACCAUGGCCUCCUUUCUUAUGCCUUCUUUUGAUUUCACCAAGUUUGGAUUUCGUUCCCGAAUUAGGAUUGAUACCUCGUGGGUUGAUGCCUACUCCGAUGUAAUUGGGAGGUUGGACUCACUUCUUCCCCAAAUUUCAGAGGAGUUGUAUGAUAUUCUGAUAGAGGACCACUGCAGGGAGAAUAGGAAAGGAAGAGGAAGAAGAAAAGAGGAGAAAGAAGAAGAGAAGAGGAGGAAGGAGGAGAAGAAAAUGAGGCUAGAUUUUAUUCAAUUCUUCAAUGCCCUAAUUCAUGAGAGGGGUGGCCUUUAUAUAGGCCUUACAUCAGGUCAAUCAAUUGACGACAUAUCAAACUUGGACUCUUGCAUCAACUCAAUCAAUUCACUAAGUCAAUUGAUUGAUUAUAUAUCAAAAUCGAUUCAAUCACUCGAUCCAAUUACAUGA